AGUAAUAUUUGAAUUUUCAGACCGAAAUGAGUGACAUCAUGAAAAACCUUGAAAAACUGAUAGAAGACAAUACUGAUAAGUUGAUUAAACUAGAAGACUGGAUUGCUACACAGAAUCAUAUACCGAAUAACAUACAUAGAAAUGUUUUGAUUCGAUACCUUAAAGUUCGUGACUAUGAUCUUGAAGAAACCAAGAAGUUGAUUGAUGGCAAUGUGAAAUUCAGGAUAAAGAAUAAAUACUUAUUCACUAAUCGUGACGUUGAUUCUGAGGACUUUCGAAAACUUUUAACAUCCAUACAUUUUGCUAGAUUUCCAAAACUAUCUAAAGAAGGGUACGCGAUUGAAUCAAUCCGAACUGCCAAUCAAAAUGCAAGCAAUUUUAGUUUAAAAGAAGCACUUAAAUUAACAAUAAUAUCACAUGAUACACAUGCUCUUAUUGGACCAAAUAAUAAUGGAAUUAUUCAAAUUUAUGAUGCCAGUGAAUUCACAUUCAAACAUUUCAUAAAAGUCGUUUCAAGUAUACAGGCUGCAAUUAAUUACACACAAUAUGGAUCUGGACUUACUUAUGUGCAACCUAAACAAAUUCACUUCUUAUGCUGCUCAUCUUUUAUCAGCAAAAUAAUUUUAAUGCUCAAACCUUUUUUCAGUAAGGAAAUAGUAGAUGGUUUACAUUGUCAUCGUUCUGGCUUUGAGAAAUUGCAUAAGUUUAUUGAUAAGGAGUGUCUACCAAUUGAGUAUGGAGGAACCAAUGGAACUUUCGAAGAGCAUAUGGAAAAUACACUAAGGAACUUACAAAACAAUCGUGAUUACAUAAAUAAUGAUGAAAAUUUCUUCCUGAUUAGUUAAUAAUGUUGUAGAACAAUAUUGUCGAAUGACUUUGUGUGAUUGUUGGAAGUUCUUCACAUUAUUAUGAAUAAAUAGAUCUUAAUGUCCAU